UAUAACUACAAUUGUGAGUGUUUCUGUGCGGUUCGACAGAACAAUUGAUGUGUGGUGCACCCCACUGGCACCAUUCCUGUGAACCGUUCGCACCGACCGCACCAUCCUGGUACGGCAGAGGCCAGCUGGCGAAACAAGCGGAGGAAGAAUUAUUAGAUACCGGUGUAGGCCGCAUCCGGUGACCAGCUCGGCACCGAUCGUUGCUUAGAUUCGGCUUCGAUUCCCCCCUUGAAUGAAGUGCACGGACCGGCGGAAAACUCUUUCCCAACGACCACGAGCGAGACGCAGGCGAAGAAGGCAACCUGCAGCAGCGUGUAAGACACCAGCGCCAUGAGUGCGAUCAAUAAUAGCAUCAACAGUGGCGGCGGGAGCGCCGGCGGUCCAGCUGGCAACGUGAACAACAACAAUAAUGCCAACAGUCGACAUCAAAAGCUGGAGCAGCAGCGUCAGCUAAUGGAGGCCUACAUACGCCAGAAGCGUGCAACGCCCGGCAUGGUGCAGGCUAGCGAUCUGCAGCUCGUCCGCCCGAUGUCCGCCGUCAACCGGAACGGACGCGAGGUGCACGCCUACGACGGACCGAUGCAGUUCAUGAUGUCACCGAACAACCCGGACCAGAUCAUCAGCACCACCACCACCGCGCCGGGCGUCGGGGCGACCCACGGAACGUCCGGUCCCACCAUCACGCCGAAGUCUCUCGCAACGACACCAACAUCACCUUACAGCGACCUGACGCUCGAAAAGCUGACACCAUCGUCGCAGGACAGCGAAGACGAGGAAAGCACCCCGGUCGACGUGUUGCCACUGUCCUCCUGCGGCACGAAGUCUCCCCAUGGGCCACCGGGUGGCGAUCGGGCGGGCACCGAUUACCUACUGUCCCACUCGGCACCGAUAUCGCCCGCGCUCAACAACAACAACCACAGUCAGAACCAUCAGCACAACAGCAGCAGCGGGAACGUCAAGAGCACCGAGAGCUCCGGUACACCACCGAGCGGCGGCGGCGGCAGCGGAGGUCCCCCCGACACGGAAGGUGACGUUAUCGGACCGAUCGAGCAGUGGGUCACGCAACCGGCCGCCCAGGGCGUGCUGUACAAGUGUCGGAUAACACGCGACCGGAAGGGCAUGGACCGGGGCCUGUUCCCCAUCUACUAUCUGCAUCUCGAGCGUGACUACGGCAAGAAGGUGUUCUGUCUCGCCGGUCGCAAACGGAAGAAGAGCAAAACGUCCAACUACAUCAUCAGCUGCGAUCCGACGGAUCUGUCGCGACAGGCGGACGGGUUCGUGGGCAAGCUACGCUCGAACGUGUUCGGCACCACGUUCUUCGUCUACGACAGUGGCACCAAGAACGACAACGCGACGCCCCGGCUCGAUCUGGCCGUCGUGAUCUAUGACACCAACAUCCUCGGAUUUAAGGGGCCACGCAACAUGACGGUGCUGCUGCCGGGCAUGACGGAGGACGACCAGCGGGUGCAGAUCAGCUCGGUUGACGGUCAGCAGGGGCUGCUGGAUUGCUGGAAGUCGAAGAACAUGGACAAUGUCGUUGAACUGCACAACAAGACGCCCAUCUGGAACGACGAAACGCAAUCGUACGUGCUAAACUUUCACGGUCGCGUCACGCAAGCCUCGGUGAAGAACUUUCAGCUCGUGCACGACUCCGACCCCGACUACAUCGUGAUGCAGUUCGGGCGAACGGCGGACGACAUCUUUACCAUGGACUUCCGGUACCCGUUGUGUGCGUUUCAGGCGUUCGCGAUCGCUCUGUCCAGCUUUGACGGUAAGCUGGCCUGUGAGUAG